UUACAAUGAAGUAAAUUCAGAUUGGCGCGAAGUUCAUCUGUUCUUGUAUUUUAAUUAAAUACUAAAAUAGAUAUGUAUAUAUUUUUGGAAUUGACAAAUAUGUUACAUAUUUUAUGAGGUAUAAUAUGUCCGAAAAAUAUGUGAAGGAAAUUUUUGAGAAGCUUGAUGAAAUUGAGAAAUUACAUGCAAAACUGCGCAGUUUGGUGCCUCGCGUAAAAAAUAAUGAAUUAGAAAUCACGGAAAACAAACAAUCUGUUGCGAAAGAAACGAAAGAGAAUAAACAUCUACCAGAACAAAAAACUAUCAAUUUAAAAUCAAGGAUAAGAAAGUUAUUCGGUAAAAAAACAAGACCUCAUUUAAUGAAAUAUUUUAAAAAAUUUAAAAAUAAUUCAGGGAAUAAAUGGAAAGAAUUAAAAAAUCGUUUAGCAGCUCUAAACGAACCUGACAUUAUAAUGGUAAGCAGAGCUUCUCAAGUAUCAGAUGGUGAUAUAUCAAAAUUAAUUUCAGAAGAAAAAUCUCCAAAAAAAAAUAAAAAAUUUAACAAAAAAAAAUCGGCGCCGCAAGAUUUUCCAGAUCAAGUUUUAAAACACUUAGGUUAUUUUUAUGAUUCUAACCCAAUUUUAAAUGACUAUGUAGUAUCAAUGCAUGAUCAUGGUUUAGGUAAAAAUACACCUCAUAAAGUGCAGAAAAAGGCACUUAUCCAAGACGAGGAUACUGAAACAUUAAAAAUUGUUUCAUCUGCAAAGAAAAUCCCAACGACUCCCGAUGGAUUAAAAUGGUCUUCAUUACUCCGUCACAACCCGUCCCCAUAAAUUAUCAGGAAAAUACUGACGUUCAAUUAGAAAUACAAUACAUAUUUCUUUGAUGAAUUCUAAGAUUAAUGAAAUAAUGAAUAUAUUAUGAAUAAUAUAUAAGUACCGUCAUAAGAACUUAAUUAUAAUAAGAAAAAUAAGGCGUAUGAAGUAUGAAACAUAGGAUGCAAUAAGAAAAUUGCUAUUCCCUAAUUUUUUAUAUAUAUAUAUAUAAAUAUAAUUUUUAUUUUAUUCAUUUAAAACUUAUUUUGACACAUCAAAUAUCAUUUCGUAGUACUGUACUGUACUGCCAUCUGAACCAGGAUCAAGAAUAAAUAUUGCCAUGUGGUGGUACUCGAAGCGGCCCAAUGAGAAAGAAACGGAAAUGUUUGAAAGAAACCUUAGAGUACGUGGGCUGGCAGAUGGGGGCACCGGAAAGGCGGAUUCUACCGGAAGUCACGAAAGUUCAAACAUAACAUUACGAUUACGAAUAAAUUCUUCGUUUUUAAUUUAUAUGGAAAUGAAUCAAAUUCAUUUAUAAGAUAGAAAAAAAUAUUGAUAUUUUAAUAUUAUUAAUUUUUAUAUACUUUUUAUAUCGAAACAUUAUUUCCUUAAUUUAAUUCUCUAAUACUUUUUUCUUUUUCUUGCUGUUCUUUUUUGUUAUUGAUACAUUCUAAUUUCAAAAAUUAAAAAAAAUAUUAAAAAUAAUUUAUGACUGUACAUAAUUUUAAUAUAUUUUAUAAUACAACUGCAAAUUCAAUAUUGUUUGAUGACUAAUCGAUUUCAAUGACGAUCAGGUAAAUUUAGAUGUUGUUCCAUGAUUUCCGUGAUUUGCACGGAUUCAUAUUGUAUUGAAGACUAUUGGAAAUUUGACAAAAAAAUUGAACUCAUAAUGUCAUUUUCUACGAUGUAAAAACUGGAACUCUGACUUGCGUAUAUUACAUUUUUGUUUGAAGCAAUGAACAAUCAGCACUGGUAAUGCGUUCAACGGUUUUUCCUAGGAAAAAAAAAUAUUUUCAAGUAUAAAUGCAAGCGUUAUAGAUAUUUAUGUAUGUUAAUAAACAAAUAAUCCUUUUUUAGGUAAAAGCAGUAAA